UGAUGGCUCAAUGAUUACAAGAAGAAAUCAUCUAGAAACUAGAAAUCAACCAUCAACACAUCUAACAUUACGGUAGACUACGCCGCUCCUACUAUCUCAUUGUCAACAACCGCUUCUGCUGCCCCCUGGACGUAGGCCUACCAACUGCUGCUUUUUGAAGUAGCCCACUGCGUUCUAGAGACUACUCACAUCUCACGCGGCUUUUGAAUGGAAUCAGGAACCAGUAGGCCUAGAUCUACAAAGGAAAAGGGAAAAUAUAAAAGGUUUUUAGACCCUGAUGUCCUUGAUGAGGUGCCCAGGACAUCAAAAUGGAGAACUAGCCAGGAUGAGCAAAGACAGUUCCACAGUUCUGCUGAGGCCAGUGAGGACGAUGACAUGGUGGAGGAGGACAAUGACAUACUUUCUGACAUUCCUUUUGAAUGUCGCACACAAAAUGCCCAAUUGCCCAAUGCCCAGUUGCCCCAAUGCCCAAAUGAUAGGCCUAGGUCUAUGCCUUUACAUCCUGGGUCAGAUGUGACAUUGGCCCAAUUCAUUGUCCUUGUCCUAGCCUUUUCCCUAAGGCAUAGUUUAUCUAGCACAGCGAUUGAAGAUCUACUGAAAUUAUUAAGCAUCAUUUUACCAGCAAAUAGCAUGCUACCACACUCUCUACACAUAUUCAAAAAACUCCUGAAACAUUCCUCAGACACAAUCAAAUUGUAUUUUUUUUGCCAAGGCUGUGGAGCACAUUUACCUAAAGAGCACAAUAACUGCACUAGCUGUGGUGAGGAAUCAAAUACUGACAACAUCAAAGACGGUAAUUUCUUUAUUAGCCUUUCAUUAGCCAAUCAAAUUCGUGACAUCAUACAAAAAGAGGGAAUCAGUGACAAUACAAAUAAGCACCCUUUACUUCAAAAAACUGAUUACAAACCAGGAGAUGUGUCCUUACUGUGGAACUGUGAUGGUGUUCCACUUUUUAAUUCUUCAGCUAAUUCUCUCUGGCCCAUUCAGUGUGUUAUCAAUGAACUGCCUGAUGAGGUACGCUUCAAAAAUGUGAUGCUGGCUGGGGUCUGGUUUGGACAGGGCAAACCUGAUAUGGCCACAUUUUUACACCAAUUUGUUAGAGACAUUAAAGACAUAAAUACACAGGGUAUUGAGUGGGUCCAUCCAAACUCUGGCAUUUCUCACAUUUCCAGGGUUUUCCCUAUUACUUGCACAUGUGAUGCAGUAGCAAAAUGCGUACUUCAGGGUGUUCAUCAGUUCAAUGGGUCAUAUGGAUGUGGGUACUGUUUAAAUGAAGGGAUGGUUGUGGCCAAAGGGAGGGGUUAUACCAGGGUUUAUCCUGAUGUUGAGGCAGAAAACAGAAGCCAUAAGCAUAUCAUUGAAUGUGGGGCAAAGGCGGUCAAUGAAGGUGUGAACCAUGUUCUUGGGGUGAAGUCUGUGUCACCAUUGAUUUUAUUACAUGGUUUUGACAUGGUCAAGAGCUUCACCAUUGACUACAUGCACUGUGUACUACUAGGGGUCACAAAACAGUUCUUAGACAUCUGGCUCAACAGCAAACACCAUAGUGAACCGUGGUAUAUCGGAACGUCUCAAAACAAAAUUGAUGCAAAACUAUUACCCAUUACCCCACCCUCUGAUGUUCCCAGAGUGCCACGCACUGUGCAUGUUGCACAUAAAUGGAAAGCAGCAGAAUGCAGAAGCUGGUUACUUUUUUACAGUCUGCCAGUUCUAAAUAUGAUUUUGCCAAACAAAUACCUGAAACACUGGUCAUUAUUAGUUAACGCAAUUUUUCUCCUGCUAAAAGACAAAGUAAUGAACGUAGAUUUGGCCAAUGCAUCAACUUGCAUAAAAAAAUUUGUAAAUCAGAUCCCCCAAAUGUAUGGAAUGUGCCACAUGUCCUACAAUGUCCACCAAUUACAACAUCUCACAGAUUCUGUACAAUUACAUGGCCCACUGUGGUCAUCUUCAGCGUUUGUCUUCGAAGGCCAAAAUCAAAAACUAACUAGUUUGUGCCAUGGCACACAGUACAUACCGCAACAAAUAGCUUUCCGUUUCUCAAUUUUGCAAUCUUUGCCUAAUCUAUUGGAAGACUCAAAAAAUGACAGUGAAAUAACACUUAGAAUUGAGAAAAUAGUUACAGACUGGAUACGAAGAUACCCGUUAAGAGUAAAAGCAUUAGAGCUGACAAAUGUUGUAUUAAUUGGAUGCCCAAAGCAAAAAGAACUCAACAAUGUAGAGCUGUCCUUGCUUUCGCAUAUCUGGGGGGCUCAAGGCACAACAACACUUGGUCAAUAUUACAAUCGUGCAGUGUUAAAUGGAAAAGUUGUCACAACAGAGGGGUAUGGGUCUACACACAAACACAACAGUUAUACUGUGGAGCUAAAAAAUGGAACGAUAGGAAAGAUCACAGCCAUCAUAAGUGUAGACGGAAAUGAGCCUGUAUUUUUUGUAAAUCUUUUUAAAUCUGUUAAUGCAAUGUUUGCAUCAGAGACAGUGGGACACUUGAAAUUGAUGACUGCAACACCCACUACAGUUGCAGUGAGAUACAGUGAAAUAAAAAGAAAGGUUGUUUUUAUGGAUAUUGAUAAAUGUAUAUAUGCGUCACUACAACCGAACAUGAUUGAAAUAGAUUAAAUGUUAAUUUCAAUAAAUUCCUCUAUUUCUAAAA